CAGGUGUUAUUUCUGACUUGUCAGGCGAACUCAGGGAUGAUGUCACUGUCGCAGUUCCGAGUUCUGAUGCAAAUGGGGCAGCACUGGGAGUCUACUUUGAUCAAGAAAGGAAUUCAUUCUGGAUUGGCUUUGAAGAUGCAAAAAGAUUCUUCUAUGUUGACGGUAGGAACUUCGAUCUGUGCCGAAAAAAAACUAAAACUGUUGGAAAUUAAGAAGCGAAAGAGGAGAAACUUUGAACUGUUAUUAAGAGCAUCAACUUGUGGAGGGUAGCAUUACACCCCUCAGUAAACAAAUUCAGGAUUGGCUUUGAAGAUAGCAAAACCACUUUCAGUCUUUACUGCCAGAAAUUAUAAAAUAGACCAUGAUUUGCACCAAAGGACCUCGCUCUGGUGUAUCCUGAUAGUGUGAAGCUCCUUUCAUGCUGUUUUGGAAAAAUCCAAAAUCGUCUUUCUAGCAUAACAGCUACUAAGUGAUCAAUACAAUAAUACAACAUAAAUCUUUAAAACGGAAUAUAUAUCUAAAUGGUUGACAGUUUCUUUACUCACAGUUUCACCUAUGCUUAAAUCUAAACACUUAAUCCUGAACACCUGAUGUUCAUAUGAUCUCUCCGUCUGUCUCUUGUUUUCAGUCUGUCUUCUUCAUAAAAACCAAUAAACUCUCAAGGCUCUACUCAAAGUGGAAUCUAACUAGACAGUGAAGGAUAGCUCUUGUAGCCCCUGAAUUAUUGUCACUAAACUGAGGAUCAGCAUGAAAAAUAUUUCUGUGGAACAGGAAAGACCCAAAUGGGACAACAAGGUCCAGUACCUGUUGACAUGCAUUGGCUUUGCAGUUGGAUUUGGGAAUAUUUGGCGUUUUCCCUACCUUUGCCAAAUUUAUGGAGGAGGUGCGUUCCUCAUCCCCUACCUCAUCGCUUUAGUGUUCGAGGGCCUGCCCCUGCUCUACCUGGAGCUGGCUAUAGGACAAAGGCUCCGCAAGGGCAGCAUCGGUGCCUGGACCGCCAUCUCACCACUGCUGGGUGGCAUCGGCAUUGCCUCCAUGGUGGUGUCAUUCCUGAUAUGUGUUUUCUACAACACCAUCAUGGCCUGGGUGCUCUGGUACUUCAUUAACUCCUUCCGAAACCCGCUGCCGUGGAGACAUUGUCCACUGUGGGACAACAGCACAGGUGACAGUGAGGAGUGUGAGAAGAGCACUGCAGGGAAUUAUUUCUGGUACCGCAAGACCCUGGACAUCACGCCUAAUAUUGAGACGAACGGCUCUAUGCAAUGGUGGAUAGUCCUGUGUCUGGCCAGUGCCUGGUGCGUGGUCUACAUCUGUUUUAUCAAAGGCAUCAAGUCCAUGGGAAAGGCUGUGUAUGUGACAUCGACCUUCCCUUACCUGGUGCUCACUGCCUUCCUGAUUCGUGGCCUCACUCUGCCUGGAGCUACUGAUGGACUGCUGUACCUCUUAUCUCCUGAUUGGAAAAUACUGAAGAACCCUCGUGUGUGGCUAGAUGCUGCCACCCAGAUCUUCUUCUCUCUUUCUGUGGCAUUUGGAGGUCUCAUAGCUUUCGCCAGCUAUAAUGAUGAGAAAAACAAUUGUGAGAGGGAUACACUUAUAGUAGGACUACUAAACAGCGCCACAUCUCUAUACGCCUCUAUACCAAUCUUCUCUAUUCUGGGAUUUAAAGCCAACAGUGUCUUUAACGCCUGCCUACAAGAAAACAUCUUUGCUCUGACCAAUCACUUUGACUUAUCAGACCAGAACAUUACAGUGGACAACUAUGAGCAUUGGCUUAAAAAUCUAACCCAGACUGAGGUGGCCAGUUUGCACCUGAGGCACUGUGACCUUAAAAAAUUUCUUGACCAGAGUGUUUCAGGUACUGGCCUGGCUUUUAUUGUGUUCACCGAGGCAGUGAUAGAGAUGCCAGGCUCGCAGGUAUGGGCCGUACUGUUCUUCAUUAUGCUCUUCAGCUUGGGCCUCUCCACCAUGUUUGGCAACCUGGAGGGAGUGCUCACACCCAUCAACGACCUCAAUCUGGUGCCUAAGUGCAUCCCAAAAGAACUUGUUACAGCCAUUGUCUGCUUGAUUGCCUUCCUGACGGCUCUCAUCUUCACAAUGGGUUCAGGGAACUACUGGCUCGAGGUCUUUAACAGCUAUGUGGGCUCCGUACCUCUACUCAUCAUUGCAACAAUGGAGCUCAUUGGAGCCUCUUAUGUUCGGGGAAUGAAAACUUUCAGUGAAGAUAUCCAGUUCAUGACUGGGAAGAAGCCCAACAUCUUUUGGAGGGCAUGCUGGAUGGUGAUCAGUCCUUUAUUGCUAAUACUGGUGAUGAUUGCCUAUGUGGUUGUGGAGGUACAGCAACGCCUCAGCUAUUCUGCAUGGAACCCAGCUUAUGAAUUAUUCCCCCAAACUGAAAUGAAGCCAUACCCAGACUGGGUCUGUGCCAUAAUCGUCCUCCUCUGCGUAGUCCCUGUGGUUUCCAUCCCUAUGGUGCCCAUCUACAAACUGAUCUGUCAUGGGCUCAAGAGGUCCUCGGUUCCCCCUGAACACAACCCCUACUGCAUUGACACUUAGGAAACCUCUCCAUGGUCAUCACCAAGGGUUGUUAGCUUUUCAAAUCAAUAGAGAGGCCAUACAUAUGCUGGACCUAUUAGGACCUGACCUCACAUGACAACUCACAGUUGCUUCCUGUGUUUAUGUAAUAGUUUAUCAUCACAAUGAAACACACAAGCCUUCUGUGUAAUCCAUCCAUCCAUCCAUUUUCUAUCGCUUCGUGGGCGGUGAUGUGCCAAUCUCAGCUGACAUAGGGCGAUAGGCAGGGGACACCCUGGACAGUUGACCAGUCCAUCACAGGACCACAUAGAGACAAACAAACAUUCACUCUCACAGCCACACCUACAAUAAAUUUAGAGUGACCAAUUUACAUAAUUCCCAAUAUAUUGCAUGUUUUUGGACUGUGAAAGGAAGCUGGAGAACCCGGAGAAAGGAAGUGAUUAAUUUUAAUUAAAUUCUAAGAAAGACGGAGACAACAAUAUUGCACUAACAGAGUGAGACAGGCUACAAACAGGUUGGAGUAUGACUGAAAACACACAGAAGUGUCCACAAAAUGUUUCAGAACAUACAGAAAGGCUCUAGUUCCGACUGGAUCACAGACCUGGGUCUUUUUGCAGCAAGGUAACAGUUGUGUGGCUCUAAUAUAAUAUAGAUAUUUACAACAUAUUAUAAAAAUCAUCCACAACACACCGGCAGGGACAGAAGCAAAAUAGAACCUCUCUGCAUGGAUGCUCCAGAAGCUCGGUUGCCGCUGGCUAGUAGCACACCUCGUACAAUAUGUGGCUACAUAUGCUCAUUAAAAGUUAAUCAUUAAUAACAAUACCAUUGUUUAAAGACUCAAGUGUUCUGCACACUGCUCAUACGGAUCCAUUAAAACACACACCACACAGUAUCCUGAACAGUAUUUACCCCAGAGCCAUCAUCACACUGAGCAAUAAACUCCCAAACCUGCCAACAUUACACUACAGCACCUGCAUUAUUAUUGUGAAAUGGAAAUUGUUUUACUAAAUUACCUCUUUAAAAUGCAUGUGUCGGCAGUGACGGAAUGAUUGUGGGGUUAAAUGAAAGUAAGUUGGAACACAUGAAUGUAUGAGUCUGUAUCCUGACAGUGC